AUGCUGGGCAUGUACGUGCCGGACAGGUUCUCCCUGAAGUCCUCCCGGGUUCAGGACGGGAUGGGGCUCUACACGGCCCGCAGAGUAAGAAAGGGUGAAAAGUUUGGACCGUUUGCUGGAGAGAAGAGAAUGCCCGAAGACUUGGACGAAAAUAUGGAUUACAGGUUGAUGUGGGAGGUUCGUGGGAGUAAGGGAGAAGUUCUGUACAUAUUGGAUGCUACCAACCCACGGCACUCCAACUGGCUUCGCUUUGUCCAUGAGGCACCAUCUCAGGAGCAGAAGAACUUGGCUGCCAUUCAGGAAGGAGAAAACAUUUUCUAUUUGGCAAUUGAAGAUAUAGAAACAGAUACAGAGCUUCUGAUUGGCUACCUGGAUAGUGACAUGGAGGCCGAUGAAGAAGAACAGCAAAUUAUGACAAUGAUCAAAGAAGAGGAAGGUAAAAAUUCUAAAGGACAAUCAACAGCUGGCAGAAAAGGUCGCUUUGGCUGUAAAGAGGACUAUGCCUGUCCCCAGUGUGAAUCGAGUUUUACCAGUGAGGAAAUUCUUGCUGAGCAUCUUCAGACAUUGCACCAGAAACCCACAGAGGAGAAAGAAUUUAAGUGCAAGAGCUGUGGGAAGAAAUUCCCAGUUAAACAGGCUUUGCAAAGACAUUUUGAGCAGCACCAGGAGACUUGCCGAGGAGAUGCCAGGUUUGUGUGUAAGGCUGACAGCUGUGGAAAGAGACUGAAGAGCAAGGAUGCCCUGAGAAGACACCAGGAAAACAUUCACGCCGGGGAUCCUAAGAAAAAACUCAUAUGUUCAGUGUGCAAUAAAAAGUGUUCUUCAGCAUCAAGCCUGCAGGAACAUAGGAAGAUUCAUGAGGUAUUUGAUUGUCAAGAAUGUAUGAAGAAAUUCAUUUCAGCUAAUCAGCUAAAACGUCAUAUGAUCACCCACUCAGAAAAACGACCCUAUAAUUGUGAGAUUUGUAAUAAAUCUUUCAAGAGGCUCGAUCAAGUGGGUGCUCACAAAGUAAUACACAGUGAAGAUAAACCUUACAAAUGCAAGCUUUGUGGAAAGGGAUUUGCCCACAGAAAUGUUUACAAGAAUCACAAGAAGACCCACUCUGAAGAGAGGCCUUUCCAAUGUGAGGAAUGUAAAGCUUUGUUCCGGACCCCAUUUUCUUUGCAGAGACACCUGCUUAUACAUAACAGUGAGAGGACUUUCAAGUGUCAUCACUGUGAUGCUACCUUUAAAAGGAAGGACACCUUAAAUGUUCAUGUCCAGGUGGUUCAUGAAAGACACAAGAAGUACAGAUGUGAGCUGUGUAAUAAGGCAUUUGUUACACCUUCAGUGCUUAGAAGUCAUAAGAAAACACAUACAGGAGAAAAGGAGAAAAUCUGCCCAUAUUGUGGCCAGAAGUUUGCCAGCAGUGGUACACUGAGAGUCCAUAUCCGUAGCCACACAGGUGAGCGUCCCUAUCAAUGCCCUUACUGUGAAAAAGGAUUCAGUAAAAAUGACGGGCUGAAGAUGCACAUUCGUACUCACACCAGGGAGAAACCAUACAAGUGCUCAGACUGCAGCAAGGCCUUCAGCCAGAAGCGAGGCCUGGAUGAGCACAAGAGGACGCACACCGGAGAAAAGCCUUUUCAGUGUGAUGUUUGUGACUUGGCUUUUAGCCUGAAGAAAAUGCUGAUCCGACACAAGAUGACUCAUAAUCCUAAUCGUCCGCUGGCAGAAUGCCAGUUUUGCCAUAAGAAGUUUACAAGGAAUGACUACCUCAAAGUGCACAUGGACAAUAUCCACGGAGAGGCUGACAGCUAAUGGUAGCUGUAAAGGCAUUAAGCCAUUCAGAAGGGCUCCUAAUACGAAACCCAGAUUUCUCUCAGCUGAUUAGCAUAGCAGAAGUAGCGACUUAAAGUAAUUCACUGGUCUCAUAGUUCUUAUUUGCCUACCUUUAGAGUCUGUAGAUACAUAUGCAAAAAAAAAA